AUGACUGAAAAAAACAUUCGUAGAUUUCAAACAGCUCUUUUAUUAAUUACAAAUCCAAUUCGUGCACGAAUUCCAUCUAUUCUUUCUUCUGUAAUUCCAUAUGUUGAAAGAAAUCUUUAUGUUAUUUUUCAAAAUCCAAAUAUUCAUUUAACAACAUCUUCGGAAAAAUUAUUCCAUGAUUCUGAUCAACAAAAACAACGGAUACGACCUAUGUUACAUGCUAUUUAUAAACAAUUAACAGCAACAAAAUAUCCUUCUGUUGACAUUCUACUUCAUAAUAUUGAUUCAACAAUUAAAUCAACAAAUCCAUUGCGAUUACCUCGUCAAUGUCAAGUAGUUUUUGCUGAUUGUUUAGCAUCACCGGGAUUGUAUAGUUAUUGUCGAGAUCAUUUUUGUCAAUUAGAUCAAGAUUUUGAAAUUCGAACAAUUGAUGAAAAAGAAACAAAAGAAGAUCAAUCUACUGAUAGUUCAUCUAUAUCUGAUAAUGAUUUAUUUAAUAAUAAACCUACAAGUCAAUAUAACCGAGGCGUUUUGGGUGGUACAUUUGAUAGAUUACAUAAUGGACAUAAAUUAUUACUUACAGAAAGUGCUUUACUUUGUGAUGAGAAGAUUGUUGUUGGUAUAACCGAUGGUAUUAUGAUACAGAAUAAGGUAUUAGCAGAAGUUCUCGAGCCAAUUGCUGAUCGUAUGUCAAAUGUUCGUUCAUUUAUUGAUUUAAUUCGACCAAGUAUUCAUGUUCAUUGUGAACCAAUUGAAGAUCCAUGUGGCCCAUCAGCAACAAUGGCUGAUUUAAAUUGUAUUAUCGUUUCGGAAGAAACAAAACUAGGUGCUGUACAAGUUAAUAAAGAAAGAAAAGAAAAUGGUUUAUCUCAACUACCUGUUCAUGUUGUACAGACGAUUCCAGCUAGUGAUGAUAAUCAUGAUGGAGAUGAUAAAUUAAGUUCAACAUCACUUCGACGAGAAAUGCUUAGCAUUCUUCUUAAACCACCAUUGAAAUCAGCUGAAUUAAAUCGUCCAUAUAUUAUUGGCCUUACUGGUGGUAUAGGUUCAGGAAAAUCAAGUAUUGCUCGUCGAAUUGAAAAACUUGGUGCUGGUAUUGUUGAUUGUGAUAAAUUAGGACAUGAAACAUAUAAAGUCGAUACUGACGUCUAUAAGAAACUAAUUGAAACAUUCGGUGAAGAAAUAAUUAAUUCCAUUGAUCGUUCUAUCGAUCGAAAAGUACUUGGUAAGAAAGUCUUUCAAUCAUCCGAUGAACUCAAAAAGCUAACAGAUAUUGUCUGGCCUGCUAUUUUAAAUUUGGCACAAGAACGUACCGAAAACUUAUUUAAAGAAGGUAAAAAUGUGAUUAUACUUGAUGCAGCUGUAUUACUUGAAGCAAAAUGGACAGUAGCAGUAAAUGAAAUAUGGAUUGCAUCUAUUCCUCCAAAAGAAGCUAUUCGGCGUGUUAUGGAACGAGAUCAUAUAUCAUCUGAUGAAGCAAAACGUCGUUUAAAUGCUCAAAUGUCAAAUCAAGAACGAUUUCCAUAUGCUAAUGUUCUUCUCUGUACUUAUUGGGCAGAAAGUGUUACUCAAAAACAAGUUGAACAUGCUUGGCACUUACUUUUAAAACGAAUUAAUGUUUCUUCAGUUUAA